AUGCCGCGGGGAACACACACCGUCGCCGUCGUCCUCCUGGCUGCCUUGCCCUUCACCUCGCCAUCCUCGCCGCCCGCACCCACACCUCGUCGCCACUCGGGACCGCCUACACGCACCCACACCUUGCCGCGCCGCCCGUCUGCCCGCCCGCUCACGCCCGAAACCCUUUCUCGCCACCCGCGACGCCCACUCGAAACACACCCUAUCCCCCACACCCACGCGUCUAGCCAGAAGUCGCCCAGUUUGAAGUUCCCGACCGCCUGUGUCUACGGCCUAUGUUCACGAUUAUCCCUGCAAUCACACAAGGGGAAAAACAAGACCCAGAACCAGCAGAGCCAUAGGCAUCCCUGUCUCGCCCAACUCAAGCCCCUCCCGAGCCAAAGACCGAAAACCGGUCCCCGAAGCACCCCAGAAGAGUGGAGGGCCACGUCCCCGCCCUCUAAAAGGGGAGACCCCAAAGCCCACUCCCCAAAAGGAACUCUGAUACCCCCGUCGGAUGCGCCUAAAAAGGACCUGCCCCUCAAAAGCCCUUCCCCUGAAAUAGGUCCCUCCAAACGCCGCGUGCGAGAGAGCAUCGAGGCCCUUCUUGGCGAUGUUAAUUACCGCGCGGUUUCGUCUUCGUUCACCUGUUGA